AUUCACUCAGAGAGAGAGAGAAAGAGACUAUAAGCACUCAGGGAAAAGAUGAAGGCAGACAGCUGUGUUUUUGUGUUGCUAUUUUCAGCAUCUGGCCGCUGCUCUGCUCCCCUGGUCUGGCCCGGCCUAUUUCUGUCCUGGGCUGGUCCUGCUGCUAUUCCUGGCACCUGAGAGAGAGAGAGAGAGAGAGAGAGAGAAAGAGAGAGAGAGUGUGGUAAGAGAGACAGCACGGUUAGGAAGAGUAACAGAGAGAGAAAGUGUGGGACAGAGCGAGUGAACGAGCUGGAGACUCAUCCCGUACUGAGAUGGAGAGGCAGUAAGAACGCUGAGUUUGUCACCUGUUUGACGAUUCCUGCAUUUCCUUGUUUAUCCGAUUGAUGAAACUCAGGGGAAAGGAAAAGAAAGCAAGAGGAAAACAAAAAGAGAGACAAAAGCCAGGAGACGGAGAAGCAGCGUCUCUGUUGUGAGGUCAAGUGCAAGUUAUGCUGCAGAACAUUUCUGAGGUGGACUCGAGCAUCACUGCUGAGUGGAGGAGGAGAAUACAAGAUACACGCGACGGUACUGCCAACAGAUCAGGUUCAGAAGUGUUGUCUGUGGUGAGCAGUUCUGGGAUCAGUAUGCUGGACUGGGACCAUGAUUCAGAUGAAUGGGAGAAGCAGUUGCAGCGUGAGCUACUGCUGAUCCAGAGACAGCAGCAGAUCCAGAAACAGCUUCUCAUCUCAGAGUUUCAGAAACAGCACCAGACUUUGCUGAGACAGCAUCAGGCUCAGCUUGAGGAACACAUUAAGCUGCAGGAGGCUCUGUUAACCCUUCGUCAGCAGCAGCAGGAGGUGUUCGCAGAGGAGCGUCGGCUGGUGGUUGAGGAGGAGAGAGAGGAGGUGCGAGAUGAGGAGAAGGAGGCUCACAGGAGGGAGAUGCAGAAACAUCAGCAUCACAGGAGAAAGGAGAGAUCUAAAGAGAGUUCAACGGCGAGCACUGAAGUUCGACAGAAACUGCACGACUUUCUGAUGAGUAAAUCAGCUAAAGAUCCAUCUCUAACCAGUGCUGGUUUUCCUCUUAGCCACUCCAAACUGUGGUACAGCUCUGCCCACCCGGGUCCAGCCGAACAGAGUUCCCCUCCGUUAGGAGAAACCCCUCCCACCUUCAAAUACCCUUUAACCUCUGGCCUGGACUACAGAGAGGACUUCCCUCUCAGGAAGACUGCGUCCGAGCCAAAUCUAAAGGUGAGGUCCAGACUGAAGCAGAAGGUGUCUGAGAGACGAAGCGCUCCCAUGCGCAGGAGAGAUGGAAGUGUGCUUGUCACACCACUGAAGAGACGAACACACGAACUAACAGAUUCCUCAGCCAAUGAGAGCCCUGCAGGUUCUGGACCGAGCUCACCCAUUGGACCAUGCAACAAUGAGAACGGAGCCUCAUAUCGGUCCAGCACGACUCAAAUCCAGCGAUGUCUGUCACAGGGUGCCGUCCUGAAGACGGAUGGAUCCGUGUCCUUGCUGAAUCUAUACACAUCUCCCUCUCUACCUAACCUUACACUGGGCCUUCAUCCCGCUCACCCGCACAUCUGUACGGGUACGGCGCUGAAGGAUCGAACCGCUGAAGGGCUCGCGGCCGCUGCCUUUCCAGCAUCACUGGAGUCUAAAGUGAGCAACGGUCAGCAAGCUCUUCUACAACAUCUUCUGCUUAAAGAGCAGAGACAGCAGAGGAUCAUGUCACCGGUCACAGGCAGUGUUUCUGCUCUCUCUCCGUCUCCUCUGGUGAUGAAAGAUCGUUCGGUCAUGAGCUCUCGUGCCAGGUUACCGCGUCACCGGCCCCUGAACAGAACCCAGUCGGCACCGCUUCCUCAGAGCACACUGGCCCAACUGGUCCUUCAACAACAGCACCAAAACUUUGUGGAAAAACAGAAACAAUUUCACCAGCAGGUCCAUAUGAGUCAGGUUCUAUCUCAAUCUAUAGAGCAGCUAAGAAACGGCAGCACCCUGGAGGAGGAAGAUGAAGAUGGCCCUUCGUCAGAGCAGAGAGCACCGGAGGUGACGUCGCCUCCUGCUGGAGUCAUCCGGAGCAGCGCAUCACACAUAGAGCUCAAUGCUGGAGUGAUCAGACUGAAACAAGAAGCACAGGAAACACAGGAGGAGAGUGAAGGAAUGAGAGAGGACGAUCGAGGGAGAGACGCAGGUGAAGAACAGAAGAAAGAGAGCGGUGAUGAACACUGUAUGCAAAACAUGACUGAAACUGAUGUUUGAUAGAAAGACAAAGAGAAAGACAGAGAGAAAGUCAGAGAGAUGUCCAGAUCACAUUUCAUAUCAAAAGCUUAAAAUCAAUUACUGCAUAUUUCAUGUGAUUUAUGUUUUUAUCAUUAUUGCAAUAGUUUCAUGACAAAUAACAUCAAUAUUUUCAUUACCGUCAUGCACAUAAACCUCAUUCUCCUUUCUGUAAUGUAAAAAUGAUAUAAUGUUUAAAUGAAGUAUUUAAACACCAUGGUAGUAUUUGUUGUAUUCAAUGAAUACUGAGCGCAAAUCUUUGUAUUGCAAUACGUUUUACAGGAAAAGACAAAAAAUGCUGUAUUGUUUUAUUGAGAAUUCAAAAUGACUUUAAUGCAAUAAUGUUGAGAUCCAUGUUCAAAGGCGGCACAACAAAUACAACCAUGAUCAACAUGAUCUCACGGCAAGCCUUGUUAUUUAUUCAUGUCCAUUUUUUUUCGUGCCUUGAGCACAAAUGUUUUUUUCGUGUCAUUCAGCAAAAAAUUUCUAUUCAUAGUUUUUCGUGUCCGUGGCACGACUUUUUUUCGUGUCAUUUUAUGUAUUGUUUUCUCAUUUUUCCCCCUAUUUUUAAAUCAUUGUUGCUUGGGGCUGGGAUUAGAUUUGUACCAAGCCCCUAAGGUGACAUUGGAGUAAAAAAAUCUAAAGUUUAGUUUCAUGUGCUCACGUGAAACCUUCAUGUGCAAAAUUUUUUUUUUAAGUUUAGUUUCACGUGAGCACGCAAAAUUAAAUGCGGUAGUUUCACAUGCGCACGCGAUAGUUUCAUGUGCGCACGCGAAACUAAACCUUAUUUAAUUUUUGCUCCAUGUCCCCUUAGGGGCUCCGUAGAUUUGGGGUUUGGAUGUACUUUUAUGUAUUGGUUUCUACAUAUUUUUCUUCCGCUUUUAAAACUAUUCUCGCUUGGAGUUGGGGUUAGAAUGAUGUCUAAAAAAAAAGUGUCACAGAAAGUGAUUUUAAGCUAACCCAAACCCCAAAUCUAACCCCAGCCCCAAGCAACAAUGAUUUAAAAAUAGGGAAAAAAAUGAGAAAACAAUACAUAAAAUGACAUGAAAAAGAAAGUUGUGCAACGGACACGAAACACUAUUUGUAGAAUUUUGUGCUGAGUGACACAAAAAGACAUUUAUGUUCAAGGCACGUAAAAAAUAUGAAUUUCGUGCAAUGGACACAAAUACAUUAAUAAUAUUUUUUUACGCCUUUCCGUGAGAUCAGUCUGCCAUGAUAGUACUUGCUUGGAAGUAUUUACAUUUACAGAAAUUUGAAAAAUAUAGUAUAUUAUAUUUAUUUUUCAACAUUUAAAAUUUGGAAGGAAAAGUAAAAAAAUGUACUUUGUAAAAUCCAAUUUUUCGUUUAUUCCUUUAAAGGGACAGUAAGUAGGAUUUUAAGUGUUUUAUUAAUCAAAAUCAAUGUCUUUAUUCAUAAAUAUGUCCUCGUUGGUGUCAAAUGAGCUCUGCCAGUGAUCUGACUUUUCUUUGUAAGCUUAGAAUUUCUUCUCUUUACUUACAUUGAACGGGUAAGUCCAAGGAGGCUUCCAUGUCGUUCCGCCAUACUGAUAAACUAUAAUAGCAGAGAGGGACAAAAAACACUAACCUACCAACGCGUUUCCACAACGCGUUUUCAUUCAGAACACGUGAACUAGCUGAAACGAACAAGGAGAUCAGUGAUUACAUAACGGCUACCGUAGUUGCAACACGCAUUUGGAAAAGCGAGGCGCUAGAGAGCACUGUUCGUUUGAAUGCAAAAUACAAUUUCACCACUAGAUGGGGGUAAAUCCCACUUAUUGUACCUUUAAAUUUGAUGUGAAAUGUGAUCAGAGAGAGAGAGAGAGAGAGAGAGAGAGAGAGAGAGAGAGAGAGAGAGAGAGAGAGAGAGAGAGAGAGAGAGCAUUAUAAGAGGUAUGAGGGUUUAAAUGUAUGCACCUGACUGUCUUUUUCAUCAUCGUCUUCAUCACUGAAACUUCAUCUGCUGUCACUCGAGUUACUCGACCAGACCCUGUUAGUGUGACACUGUACGUGACCUCUGACCUCUGCUAGGCUCUGAUCUUCCUUUUCUGGUUGUUGUUGUGUGUGAAGCAAAAUAAAGAGCAGCACCAACCACAGAGCUUAAUUUACCUCCCACAUUAACCAAACAGUAGCCCAGUCUGUGUUUAUUCAUCCGUCCACAUGUGAAGUGAUGCUUCUGACGGGCUUUCUGCUGUCACUUCAAACAUCCGUCUGAAAUGAUGUGGGUUUGAUCUAUCAUUAAUGGUGUUGUUUCUGGUGGUCCAUCAAAUGGGUUUUUAAUGUAUGAUACCUGUUUCUAGAGAGCAGGGGUCAAAGGUGUAAACCUCCAUAUGAGGAAAGGCAAACGAUUUCUAAAAAAUUGUAACAUGAGGUUUAUUAUCUUCACUACAAAUGAAAAUGAUGCAUAAUGUGAUAAAAUCAUAGCCAAUACAAUUGAUACUUAAUAUUCAUGCAAAGCAGGAUUUUGGACCAAUGAGAUUUCACUUUAUGUCAUUUUCAUUGCUUAAUAAGAUCACAACUCACAUUAACAUGGAGGAUGUUUAUCACCUGUCACAUCAGGCCGGGUUAGGACCCAAUAAUUUGUUUUGUUAAAUGUGCCAUCAUUUGAUUAAUAAAUGAAAUAUUCAGUGAAAUGUAUAAAUGAAUUGCUAUGCCCCAAAUGUCUUUGUGUUAGAAAUCAUUUUCAUGCAGUUUAGACAGUCUAUAGUGAAUUCAGUGAUCAUGUGAAGAGAUGAUUCAUGUCUUAUAUUUUGCUUUAAUGGAUUUUUUAAUCAAAUUGAAUGACUACCCCUCAUACCAUAAAAUUUCCACUCUUGUGUAAAAUCAUAUUUAGAUAUUUAAUGUACAUAGCAGCAUCUUGGACACAAUGCAAAAGAUGUAUAAAGUUUUGUGAAUGUGAAUAUCAAUUUUUGUGAUGACACACUGUGUUGAGAUCUCACUUGUGAUGUACAGCACAAUAUAAACUCAUUUCACACGGCUGCACGAGGAAUCACACUUAUAAUUGACAUUUUCCUCAUCAUACAAACCUGUUUUUACUUCACUGGUAUGUAAAUAGUGUUUAUUAUUCACUGUUGCAAUAGAGAUUGAAACAAUAACUGCAUGAAUUUCCUGGGUCAAAGGUCAUGUUUAUGUUGACAUUAUAGUUUUCAAAUAAAAGUUGUUUCUGAAAGCGC